CUCUCUCCCCGCUGAUAUAUUGCUUCUCUCCGGAUGUAUUGCUUCUCUCCCCGAAACCCUCGCAUGUCCCUCACUCCUCUCUCUUUCGUCCAAAACCGUAAAACCGUCGCCUUCGUCACCGAACCCUCGCGAUACAGUCGCAGUUGGAGCUAGCUGUGAACGCAACGACGGGAUCGCGGCUUACAGAGACCCGAAACUCCCAUUUUUUUCCUCCUGCUCUUCUCCUACCCGAAACCAUUGAGGAAGGACAGAUAUCCAAACAGCGUGCAACUCUGUGAGAGGUUAUCAAGAACCUUCCAAUUUGCAGGAUAGCAGUGGUGCAGACUGAAAGAAAUGGAUCCGGGGCGUUAUGCUUUACAACAAGGAUGGGAUACUAACAGCGCAUUGGAGGGAUAUGGUGCAGCGCAUGAGCCAGAUUUCAGGGCUGGUGGAUCUGGUGGUAGGAGGGGUCCUGAUGAAAGGUUUUCAAGGGACCCGAUUUAUUCACGGAGUGCAUAUCCAGGGCAGAUGGUUGACCGGGAUAUUUAUCCACCCGUGCCAGUUUCUGGCAUGUGGCCUCAAUCUAGAAGGAGAAACUUCGAUGAUGAAGAUAGCCUCAACAAAGAUUCUAGACGACCUGCGUCAUUUCAUGACAUUGAUAACUUCCAUGAUCCAAAAAAGUAUCAUGAAAUCGAUUCCUUUCAUGAAAUUGACCGGUUUCAUGAUAGAUAUCGCCCUGUGGAUAACUAUCAUGAUUUGGAUGGUUAUCGGGACUAUGCAUUUGAAAGGCAUGGUAGGACGGGGACUAGAGAUCGUGAUGAUGCUGGCGACCAAUAUGAUUUUAGGCAUCGGGGGGAAAGAGAUUAUGAUAUUGGCCGGUAUGAAUAUGAGUCUGAUCAAGAUAGAGGAAGAAGGGAAAGUAGUUGGCGAAGACAUGAUUCUCGUGAAUUGGAACGAGAAAAGCGAGGUUUGAGUUGGGAAAGAGGUCAGAGCCCAUAUGAUAGGCGCUAUGACUCUCGAUCUCGUGGACGUGAUGAUCGGUCGAGAUCUAGAUCUCCUAGAGGACGUCGUAGUUAUAGAGAGGACAUAUAUGAUGACAGACGUUAUGAAAGAAGUGAGAACCGAUGGGACUAUGAUCAUGAUGAGAAACACUUCAGUAAUUCAUCUGUGUCCCCAUCAGCAACAGUUGUUGUAAAGGGUUUAUCCCAGAAGACAACUGAGGAAGACUUGUAUCAAAUGCUUGCUGAAUGGGGACCUCUUCGGCAUGUGCGUGUAAUAAAAGAACGCAAUUCUGGUGUUUCUCGUGGUUUUGCCUUUAUUGACUUUCCCUCUGUGGAAGCUGCAUGUAGUAUGAUGGAUGGUAUUGGAGAGAAUGGACUUGCUAUUGAUGGAAGAAAGCUUUUUUUUGAGUACAGUAGUAAGCCAACAGGGGGGGCGGGCGCACCUGCUCUACGCCAAGAAGCCGUUGCAAAAUCUGGUUAUGGAUAUAGCAGAUCUGCUCCUCCGUCCGAUUGGAUUUGUACCAUUUGUGGUUGUGUAAAUUUUGCGCGCCGAACAUCUUGUUUUCAGUGCAAUGAGCCUCGUACUGAUGAUGCUCCUCCGGCUGAUAUGACGCCUCCAGCAUUGCUAGGGAGAAAAGGAUCAGAUGCUGGCCCAACUCAUGUUUUAGUUGUCCGUGGACUAGACGAUAAUGCUGAUGAAGAAAUGCUUCGCUACGAGUUUUCUAAGCAUGCUCCUAUAAAAGAUCUACGCCUUGUUCGGGACAAAUUUACCCAUGUCUCCAGAGGAUUUGCGUUUUUACAUUUUCAUUCGGUGGAAGAUGCCACAAAAGCUCUAGAAGCAACUAAUGGAUUAACCCUUGAAAAGAAUGGACAAAUAUUACGUGUAGCUUAUGCAAAAAGCAUUCAUGGUCCUUCAUCUGGUGCUCCACAAUCGAGCAGUCUAGCUGCAGCUGCAAUUGAGGCAGCAACAUUUGCUCAACAGUAUGAUGCUGUUGGUUGGGCACCUAAAGAAUAUAAUCCUGAUGAUAAACAGCAAUCCGCUGCUUCUGCGUCUGAGCAAAAUGGAGCUACAGAAUCUCAAAUGGGUGGUUCAGCUCCGCAGGCUGGUUUUGUUUGGGAUGAGAAAUCUGGUUACUACUAUGAUGCAUCAUCUGGAUUUUACUAUGACGGAAAUACCGGCCUUUAUUAUGAUGGUAAUAAUGGAAUUUGGUAUUCAUAUGAUCAUCAAAGUCAGCAGUAUGUUCCUUGGGCUAACCAAGGCAAUGGUAAGACUUCCGGAGAAUCAACAUCUGAAAGUACAAAGGCAUCGAAUAACACCAACAUUAAAAAAGUUGUAAUAUCUGCCCCUGCAUCCACCAUAAAAUCAAAUGAAACCACCUCAUUACCUGAUGCUGUGCAUGCUGCUGCUUCUGCUGCUCUCGCCGCGGAGAAGAAGGAAAAGGAAAAGCAAAAAGAAAUUAAGUUGGCAUCUAAGAACAAUCUUCUUGCCAGCAAAAAGAAGAUGAAUAAUGUUCUCGCAAUCUGGAAACAGCGAAAUAGUGAGGGCCAGGCUGCUCGAAUCGUUCUUGAAGACAACGAACAGCCUGGGUUAACAGAUGAUAAACAGAGUAGUUCAUAUGCCGGGAAAACAAAGUCAAAAAUAAAUUCUUUUUCUUUAAAAGAGGCUUCGAGUAUCUCUAGUGUUGCCAUAGAUUCUCCGGUCAAGCCGAGGCCUGCUAGUAAUUGUUCCAGUGGAGCCAUAAUGGGUGUCAUCAGAGGAUCUGGAAGAGGUGUGAUAAGAGCUGACACAACAUUUUCAGGAUCCUCAGGUUUUGGUGCUGCUACUCUUUCGCCACCUUCCUCUGCGGCUGCUGAGAGGAUUUCUUUGCGAAAUACUGAGUCUGCAUCGACAAUUACACCAUUUAAGACGGAUGCAUCCGCAUUGAGUUCGUACACGCCCACACCUGUGGUAGCGGGGAGUGGCAAACGAAGAUUUUCGGAGACCCCUGUGCAAACUAAUCUGCCUCAAAUUGUUUACAGAGAUCGGGCAGCUGAGAGGAGAAGCCGAUAUGGAUCGUCUUUUGGUGAUGAUUUAUCUGACGGGCUUGGGGAUUCGAGUAAGGAUUGUGAUAAUCCAUCUCGGAAAGGCCAUUUGGCGGACAUGGGAGCAAUGCCUUUUCCCCCUGGAGUGGGUGGAGAGCAUCCUUUGCGUGAACUACCAAGCUAUGAGGUGAUUACUGCGGAUCGCAUGAUUGACGAGAACAAUGUUGGGAAUCGAAUGCUUCGCAACAUGGGUUGGCAGGAAGGAUUGGGACUUGGAAAAGAUGCUAGCGGUAUUAAAGAGCCCGUUCAAGCCAGAGCUGUGGACGAUAGAGCUGGAUUGGGGAGCCAGCAGAGGAAAGUUGUGGAUAAUGCCUUGGAGGCUAAGCCUGGGGACAGCUACAAGACAAUCAUUCAGAAGAAGGCCAUUGCCAGAUUCCGUGAGAUGUCUUAGUGCCCCUCCUUCAGGUUUUAAAUAAAAACUCUGGUUUUUUUUUUUUUUUUUUUUUUUUUUGCUUUCUUUAACAGUAGCUUUAUGUUUGUGUAUAUGAGAGAUUCUUAUUAGAAACCCGUUUUGGUUUGGAAGAGUUUAUGUGUUGUGC